AGGUAAGAAAUGUGAAGUGGUAAGACUGAUUUUAAGCUCUUGUUUACAGACUUUACCCGAUUGUGUGAUGCCAGCAUUUGUGGAUAGCAUGUGUGAAGUGGUAAGGCAAAGGAAAAACAAUUAGCAUCAGCCUACUUUACCGACUGUUUUUACACUUUAAAUGCUCAGAUGCUAGCCAGUUGGCGAGGGAUCCCUUCAAUAUCUAACUAUCUGAGAAAGCAUGUAUUGGCAGGGUUUUGGAUGAGCUUGUAAAAGUGUUUGUAUGCUCUCUUUUGUUUUGUUGAUUUGUUCUGCCACUUAGACCAGCAUGCAAGCAGUGCAUUUUACUAGUUAGGACACACUAAGGGAGGCAGUUUCCCCUAUGGCUUUAAAUAUCCCUGUGUCUGCUGCCACUGGAAGGGGUGGUAUGAGCCACGCUUCCUGCCACCUUACUCAUACCAGUCCUAGCACUGCUGCUUGGGUGAGCAAAGGAACUGCUCUGCCUCACAAAGUCCAUUCCAGUUGGAUCAAGUCUCUGCUCUGGCUGCUGGCACAGUGAUGUCAGGAAAAGAUGACAUGAAGAAGACAGAACUACCGUUUUCGCUCCAGUCUAAUCCAAUUGCAGUUUCACAGUCAGUGUAAUCCAAUCAGAAAUUAUGUGUAUAUUGAUUACAUGCUGUGUUCUUGCACAUUUUACAGAGACUUCUGUGCCGCUUUGUUUAAUUAUCCAAAUGUUUUUGUGAGUUUUGGAUUGAAAAUUUCAGGAUGAUUAUUUUUGGUUUUAAUUUACAUGGUGGCUGAUAAUUCAAGAAACAUGCUUAUAUUUCCAACAUAAUUUUUAUUCUGGGAUUGUUCAUGCUUAGCUACAAUCUAGAUGAGGAUUAUUUUGGAAUUGUAGAGCGUAUUCAUGCAGCCUUUUUUCCUGAUCACUGCAGUGUGGAUAUCAUGGUGUAAGCAAAUAAUAUCCUUUGUGCUUCAAUGAUCUCCAGUCUCGAUUUCAAUUUCAGCAAGAUGUGCACGCUUUAUUACAUUUCAAACUGAAAUCUUUAAGAAAUAGCCCUAAACAAGGGAGGCUAUCAUAUUGAGUAUAUAUAUUACAUAUUGAUUUCACUGCACAUAUGUGGAUGCAUAUAAGCAUCUUUUGUGAUCUUGAACAGUCACAAAAGAUACUACUUAAGAUGGCAGUAGGUGUGUAAGCCUACUUCUUGAGCUGCUAGUGCCUCUAAUUUAAAAUUUCCUAUACACUGAAGUAUAGCGUGCCCUAGAGAAUGGAUGCAAUUUAAAACUGCUUUUCAGAAUGCAGUAGAGAUUGCGAGAAUUGAUGUGGUUUUUAUCAUGUGUGUUCAAAAGAUCCUUCUUUAGAAAACGUACAAACUUGGCUAACAGCAUUCUAUGACAUGCUUCAGCCUAUGUCAUCAAACCAACAGAAAUUCUCAGCAGAGUGUAAGGUAGCAGAUUAUUCAGCAAGAAAAGAAAUAAGGUGGUGUGGUUCCCAGAGCAAUCGAAAUUUGGCCAUUUUGUAUUUUAUAUUGGGGCAUAGAAAUUACACAGCGUACAGAACUUUUACUCCUAAACAAAAGUUGAUAAGGAAAUAGUUAAUUGCCUUUCAGUUUUGCAGUUAGUGUACACACCCACCAGAUGGAGCUUCUGGCACCAGUGGAAAAUUCCAGAAAUUGAGCAAGAAUGAGAAGUGUGUGAAUGACUUAGAAGAUCCCUGUCUGCUGGACUGCAGAAGAUAUUUUUUUAACCUUUAAAUAAAAUACGAAUGGAAAGUAAGACAUACCAGCUCUACUGAUUCCUUUCACUAGACCUGUCUUCCGUAGAAGUUUUUCCUCCGAUGGGAAGUUGGAGUUCUUAGUGCAAGAGUUGCCAAGCUGAAGCUAGACAGUAAGCUCCAAAAGAAAAGAGAUAAAACAGUUUCAUAAGCCCUUGCUGAAAGUUGCAUAUAACCACUGAAAUGGCGUGUUAAGGUUUUUAGCCUAAGACUUCCCUCCAAAGGAUUUUAAGUCGGCUUUUUUUUAGUACCACAUUUUAGAUGGACUUAACUCCUCCCCUUGAAGGAGUAUUUACACAUGAUGCCCAGAGAAGUGGUGUGAAAUGGUCCUUUUUGUUUGACAUAGAACUUGACAUUUUUUUUGAAGGUAGCUGAUUAAAUCUCUGAAGUGAUUUUUCUACAUUGUUAAAUUCUUUUUUUGACAAAGGGACUUUUAAGAAAUUGACUGUGAGGGUGAGUUGGGGUGAUUUCAUGUGCACAGUGCUGCACAAGUUUUAGGAUGCUUUGAUGAGAUAGCAAAAUACAUUUGCUGAUUUCCUUCAAUUCCAAUAAUCACAGUUUUAAAACAUGUCAGGUUUUUCCAGGGGAGUUGAUUUGGGUUUUCUGUUCACUUUGUAUUUUUCUAGUGCCUAGUCCUGUUUUGGAUAUAGCCUCAAGUUAAAGGACUUUGGAUAUAGAUACAGGUUAAAGAGCCUAGGGCAUUGUGGUCUCUGAUAUGCCAGUUUAAGGUUGAAUUUAAGUGCUGGGUCUAACACAGCAGCUGUGCAUGCAGAAUUACCUAGUUGGAGUUAGAGGUGUUUGUUAGGCAGAAGUUAGCUGGAGACCAUCAUGUUACAUGGGCAGAAGCUUGGUGUUGCAGAUGGUUGAGCUGAUAAGGCCGAGGAGGUGCUCGCUGUUUAAAAUGUUGCCAUGAGAAUGGAGUGUGUGCUGUUACAAAACAGCCUCCAUCCUAGGAUUAUAGUGGGCUUGAAAAAUGAGCCUUCAGAUGUCUGGCAUUUCAGAUGUGCUGUUAAACUGCAAAUCUCAUUACGUUCACAGGAGAUGGGGGUGCACAGCCCUCUGAAAACUAGGCCAGCCAGGCUUAAAAAAGGAAGAAAGAGAGGAGUCCAACAGAAGAAAGUGAAUGCUUCAAGUAAGCCAGUGAUAGAUGCGUUGGGAGUAGACUCUACAUUCACUCAGUGCAGGGAGGGGAGAUGCUUAAUUGCAUCUCUUACCUUUUCAAGGAAGUUUUAGGUAGUUUUUCAUUCUUCCAACUACUCUGUUCUCCCUGAUGGUUCUGUUCCUGGUAUUUUUGAUUGGCUCACUUUUCCCUGAGAUACCUUUCUGCUUCCUACUGCUCUUCCUUGCUCAGCUGUCCUGGAAUUGUCAGGUCCCAGAGUUGCAGCUUCCACCUUGCUGCAGGGACAGGCCAUCGUUGUCCUCAUGUGAAUAUAGAGUAUUAUACGCCAUCAUACUAUAUAGCAUCAUUUAACCUGCAUGCGUGAGGAGGCUGCUUUUCUAUUGCUGUGGGAACCAUAGGUUAAUUUUCUUGUAUUUUCAGAGAUUUCACUCUAUGUUGCACUAACAGCCUUCUUUGCAAAUCUGCUUCAUGGUUGGCUUUUUAGAGCGUGCUAUUAAAUGCAGUUAUCUGGGCAAGUCAUUAAAAGUAGACCUUAUUUUAAAUGCAGUUGGAAUAGGGAGAUAAAAAGCACAGUAUCAAGAAACUAACAGUCUUGUUUCAUUUCAUCCAGGAACAUACAGCUGCUGUCAGCUCUCAUAUAUGCUACUAUGUUGCGCUGUAAACCAAGAACUUCUUCAACCUAAAAUACUAGCAAAAUAAGGGCUGAAGUAAAAGAAUUUUGGGUUAUAUAAAGUCAGAAAAAAUGCCAGAUGCUUGGUGAUUCUCAUCAGUGACACAAUGCAGGGAAAUAAUACUCAGUCUUCGGGAGGCCCAGUAUGGGAUGAAGUACUUCCCUGGGCUCAGUAUUUGUAUUUUCAGACUGAUACGCUGAUUGUCACUGAUCUGCUCUCUGUCCUCAUCCAGAAGUGUGCUUUCUGCAGUGAGGAUUGCAGGGGGGAGAGGGGCAAUCUGCACUUGACAGAGAUACAGGGGCACAAAUUCUACUUUCUAACUGGAAAAUAAUCUGUUAUGAAACAAAAUAACCCAGCAUCCUUACCUGUUUGAAGAUAUGGCCAGUAGUCUUGUUAAAGCUUAUAGAAUAUUCAGUUUUGCCUCAAUGUGAAGUAUUUUAACAAUUUUGUCUUUUUAAGUUUCUUACAACAUUUUAGUAUCUUCUGCUGAAGAAAAACAAUCAGUACUUUAAGCUGUGGAUGUUUUGAGUAAUCAACAGGGAUUAAAGUCUAACAAUUUUAAACAGUAAAAACCUUUACUACUUGGAAAAGGAAUUAUAAAUGGCUCAACAAAUUUUGGUUUUAUAAACUUCAGAUUUGGUUGUUCCAGACCUCAUGAUGCUAAUGUUAUGUCUUGUGUUUCCAGUCUGUUCAAGACUGAGUUUCUGUCCAUGAGUGAUGUGAGUUGAAGAGGUAUCAGCAUAAUCAUUUACAUGCCAUUACCCAGAAGGGUUUGCUUCACAUCCUCCUACUAGCAGCAUUGUAGCUGAAAAUCUUAAUCUGAAUACUUCCCAAAUGAAUGUGUGUCCCUAUGGUUGUGGCUGACAGCCAUGUCACCUUUUGAUCUCCCAUAGUCUUGUAAUUUAAGGUGGGACUGUAUUUGUAUGGGAACCUUCUAGGAAAAAUUAGCUGUACAAGGGAGUGCUGUUGGGAUUUUACUAAGUGUACCUCAUCUGUACAGGGUGUAGCUGUGCUGCCGGUUCUGAUAGCUCAGAUGAGGUGUCAACUGAGGUCCUAAGCACUUCAGUCAAAAUGUUAUACAAAGUGUGAAUAGGAGCAUUCCUCUCUGUAUCCGGCUGGAUUUCUGAAUUGGGUCAAUUUAAUUGAAAUCUGAGCACCGAGAUAUUCCUGAGGUAGCAGCACCCAGCGGAAUCUGUUGUUUAAGCCACAAACCUGCUAAAACUUCCUGCAGCACUGUUAACUUGCUGGAGUGCACUCUACAGUAGCUCCCUGUCAGUAAAGGUACCGUAAAUGUGGUUUAUAAUUAGCUUCGGAGUCCUUCGCAAUGAAACGUACGUUAUAAAUGUAAGAUUGCCCUUAUUACAUUUCUUAUCUCUUGUCUUUAACACUUUGUUUUGUACAGCAGGAUAUGAUCCUUCUUCUAUGUCCGGGCUUUGGCCUCACACAGUAGGUGUAAUAUAAUCGCUGAGGUGGGCGUUCUGGAAGGAGAAUUAUUUUUGGAGGCUUUUGCAUGAAACUUGUCCAAUGAGUCUGAGACGCCCAAGCACCAUUAAUUUUGGAGGUACAGCAGCAGCUCAUGAUGCCCCGUAAAGCUUUUCUUUCCCAGAAAGAAAAGCAGGCUCGUGCCAGGGAAAGGGAUAUGUUAAAAAAGAGGAGGAGGCGACAAGACUAUCUCAAAAGAAGCGUGGAGCCGCAGAAAAAUGCAGAAACAAUAAAAUGGCACAGGGAUGAUGAGAAGAGGAGAGAAAAUGAGCAAGUUAAGGACAAAGAUAUCAAGAAGCGGUGGAGACAGGAUGAGAGAGAACGACGAAAGAAUGUGGACGCUAUGAAUUGGCGCAGGGAAGAUGAGAAGAGGGAAAAUGAGCGAGAAACUAUGUUCCAACUUCCUGUCAACAACCUUGGCAGUUUAAGAAAGGCCCGGAAAACUGUGAAAAAAAUACUUAGUGACAUUGGUUUGGAAUACUGUAAAGAACAUAUAGAAGAUUUUAAGCAGUUUGAACCUAAUGACUUUUAUUUGAAAAACACUACAUGGGAAGAUGUAGGAUUGUGGGACCCAUCGCUUACAAAAAAUCAGGACUAUCGGACAAAGCCCUUUUGCUGCAGUGCAUGUCCAUUUUCCUCGAAGUUCUUUUCAGCGUACAAAAGCCACUUCCGGAAUGUUCAUAGUGAAGACUUUGAAAAUAGGAUUCUUCUUAAUUGUCCUUACUGUACGUUCAAUGCGGACAAAAAGACUUUGGAAACGCACAUUAAAAUAUUUCAUGCUCCAAAUGCCAAUACACCAAGUGGAGGCAUCAGCACUUUUAAAGAUAAAAACAAACAUGAUAGCCUUAAACCUAAGCAGGCUGACAGUGUAGAACAAGCUGUUUAUUACUGUAAGAAGUGCACUUACCGAGAUCCUCUGUAUGAAAUAGUUAGAAAGCACAUUUACAGGGAACAUUUUCAGCACGUUGCUGCUCCUUACGUAGCGAAGGGAGGUGAAAAGUCACUCAAUGGUGCAGUUCCGUUAAGUUCCAGUACCCGAGAGGAGGGUAGUAUUCACUGCAAAAGAUGCCUUUUUAUGCCGAAAUCAUACGAAGCUUUAGUACAGCAUGUUAUCGAAGACCACGAACGUAUAGGAUAUCAGGUAACAGCAAUGAUAGGUCACACUAACGUAGUGGUUCCAAGAUCUAAACCUUUGAUGCUAAUAGCUCCAAAACCACAGGAUAAAAAGCCUAUGGGACUCCCUCAGAGGAUGGGUCCCCUUUCCCCUGGAAGUGUUCGAUCUCUUUCAUCACAACAGAUGAUGAACAGACUCACUAUACCAAAGCCUACAUUAAAUUCUGGAGGAGUGAAUAUGAUGUCAAAUGUUCACCUACAACAGAACAAUUACGGAGUCAAAUCAGUACCACCAAGUUACGUUGGUCAGCCAGGGGGAAGGCUGAACUUAAGCGGUAACGCACCUGUUUCUAUUCCACAACAAUCGCAAACAAUGAAACAGUUUUCGGCAAGUGGAAACGGAAGGCCUUAUACUCUUGGAGGGGAGCAGAGAUCACAGGCCUCGGCAAGAUACUCUCUUCAGUCUGCCAAUUCUUCUUCUCUUUCAUCAGCUCAGUUGAAACAGACGUCGUUAUCUCAGUCGCAGGCAGCUUCAAGAGUAUUAGGUCAGUCUGGCUCGAAAUCUCCUGUAGCUGCUACAGGUCCUUCCGCUGUCAAUACGUCAUCCACACAGAAGUGGAAAAUCUGUACAAUCUGUAACGAGCUGUUUCCUGAAAACGUGUAUAGCGUCCAUUUUGAAAAGGAGCACAAGGCUGAAAAGGUGCCUGCAGUAGCUAACUAUAUAAUGAAAAUACACAAUUUCACUAGCAAAUGUCUAUACUGUAAUCGCUAUUUACCCACUGAUACAUUGCUUAACCAUAUGUUAAUACAUGGUCUGUCUUGUCCGUAUUGCCGUUCAACCUUCAAUGAUGUUGAAAAGAUGGCUGCUCAUAUGCGAAUGGUUCAUGUUGAUGAAGAAAUGGGACCUAAAACUGAUUCCACUCUAACUUUUGAUUUGACAUUGCAGCAGGGCAGUCACACAAAUAUACAUCUUCUUGUAACCACCUACAACCUGAGAGAUGCUCCUGCUGACUCUGUAGCGUACCAUGCUCAGAAUACUCCCCCAGUUCCUCCAAAACCACAGCCGAAAACCCAGGAGAAGUCUGAUGUACCUGUAAAAAGUUCUCCGCAAGCAGCAGUUCCCUACAAAAAAGAUGUGGGGAAAACCCUCUGUCCUCUGUGCUUUUCAAUCCUAAAAGGACCCAUCUCUGAUGCACUUGCACAUCAUCUACGGGAGAGGCAUCAAGUAAUCCAGACAGUUCAUCCGGUUGAGAAAAAGCUAACCUACAAAUGCAUUCAUUGCCUUGGUGUAUAUACUAGUAACAUGACUGCCUCAACUAUAACGCUGCACCUUGUUCACUGCAGAGGUGUUGGGAAGACGCAGAAUGGCCAGGACAAAGGUACUUCCUCAUCUCGGCUAAGUCAGUCUCCGGCUGUAGCACCUGUAAAACGUACUUACGAACACAUGGAAUUCUCGCUAAUGAAGAAAAGGAAAAUGGAUGAUGAUGACUCCCCCUCUGCCUUUGAGGAGAAGCCUGAAGAACCUGUAGUUCUAGCAUUGGACCCCAAGGGCCAUGAAGAUGAUUCCUAUGAAGCCAGGAAAACAUUUCUUACAAAAUACUUUAAUAAGCAACCAUAUCCCACUAGGAGAGAGAUUGAGAAGCUGGCUGCCAGUUUGUGGCUAUGGAAAUCUGACAUUGCGUCUCAUUUUAGUAACAAAAGGAAGAAAUGCGUUAGAGAUUGUGAAAAAUACAAACCUGGUGUGCUGCUUGGUUUCAGUAUGAAAGAGUUAAACAAGGUUAAACAUGAAAUGGAUUUUGAUGCUGAAUGGCUGUUUGAAAACCACGAUGAAAAGAACUCCAGAGUCAAUGUUAGUAAGACUGUUGAUAAAAAGAUAAACUUAGAAAAAGACAAUGAAAGUUCCUCAGACAGCUAUGAAAAUAUUGAAGAGGAAUACAAUGAGAGCGGUAGUCCGUUUGGUCAGCGUAUUUCUGACCUUGGUGGGAAAACCUCUUCUGAUAGCAUAGCGGAGAACCCAGAGGACAGCAUAUCCAAGGAAAUCAUUGAAGAAAAUACAUUACAGUCUCCAGAGAAGUCUGAUCAAAAACAAGAGGAAAGCUCUAAAUAUGAAGAGAUUAUUUCUGCUGAAGAACCAGCAAAACUGGUGGGUGACGUUUCAGAUAGCGAAGGUGAUCAGGAUGAUCAAGAUGAUGCUGUUGAAUGGAAAGAUGGAGCUUCACAGUCUGAAAGUGGGCCUGGUUCUCAGCAGGUUUCUGAUUUUGAAGAUAAUACAUCGGAAGUAAAACCAGAAGUGUGGACAGAUGAAUCCUCCCAAAGUGAAGAUGCUGGUAGCAGUAAACCGACUGUUGAGACAAAAGGGGGUGGAUCUGAAAGCGAUGAAGAACAGUCAAAGUGGAAGAAUCGUUCCUAUGGAAAAGUAGAAGAGUUUUGGUCUAAGGACCAGUCGCAAUGGAAAAAUGCAUCCGAGAUUGAGGAGAGCUUGUCAAAUCAGCAGAUGGAAUGGCAGAAUAGCACAAUUGACAGUGAGGACGGAGAUCAGUUUGACAGUGUGACUGAUGGAGUAGCAGAACCAAUGCAUAGCAGCUUAACUGGUGUGGAGCUGAGUAGCCAGCAAGCAUAAGCUGCUCGAUUCAGAAGUGUCAGUAAUAGGAUCCAACCUACAACUGUCGAAACACUUCCAUGUCAGUGUGACUGCUAAGCUUAAAUUCUAACUGGUACUGCCUUUCAAGUGCUAGGUCAUGGCGUGUGGUGGUUGCGGCCACUUAUUCCAGUGGUUAUUUAAGGAUGCCGGUGGCUAAUCUUGCUUGAGAAUACCUGCUGGGAUGAGCACAGUAACUUAAUGUGAAAACGGAUAAGCUGGUGGCUCCAGAAUGCACACAGAGAAAAGCAGAGGUUUAUUUUAUCUGCAUUUUCAACAUUUAUUUCACUCUUGUACAUGUUCAGUUGUAUGUCUUUUUAAACAUUACCCUUUUUCACAUGGUAGUGUAGGGCCAACCAUACAAGCUACCAGUUCAACGUGUAUAGUAGACUAUGGGGAAAUUGAUUUUUUUCAUGUAUCAUUCUGAAUAGUUGAAAUGUAUAUUUGUACAGUCUUUUAGACCUAUUCAAGUGAAGCUUAUGAAAUUGUUCUUGUGUACCCAUCAUAGAUUUGUUUCUCUUUUUUAGUGUUGCCCUGCUGUGUAAUAAAUGCUGUAUCUAGUUUACCUAGCAAAAGCUUGAAACUGCUAUAGUAUGAAUUUUGACAAACUUAGUUUUUGCACAUAACCUUGUACAAUCUCAAAACAGAGCCCAGCAACAUAAAAAAAUAUAUCUGGACUCUAUUGUAUUAUAGAAUUUUCUUGUUCUGAAUAUCCUUGACAUUACAACUGAUGACAAACGUAUUUCAGAGCCAUUUUCUGAAAUCUUUUAAGCUAAAAAAGAAAAAUCACAUGCAAGAAACAAAUUUGCAGCUACUAAUUUUGACACCUUUUAGAUCUGUAUAAAAGUGUAUUGUGUUGAAGCAGCACACUGAAACAAAAGUGCUGCGUUUUGAAUAUUUAGUUUUAUCUUUAGUUAACACCAACAAGGUGUUGUAUUCAUUUAUACCAUCUAAUAUAUGACACACUGUUGUAG